GACACCCCUGGGUCGUGCCAGAGCAUGGUUACGAUUGGCCCUCAUGCAAAAGAAAAUGGCUGAUUAUCUGCGCUGCUUGAUAAUUCAAAGAGAUCUCCUAAGUGAAUUCUAUGAAUAUCAUGCCCUCAUGAUGGAAGAAGAAGGAGCAGUUAUCGUUGGGCUUUUGGUAGGCCUGAAUGUGAUCGAUGCCAAUCUGUGUGUGAAGGGAGAAGACUUGGACUCGCAGGUUGGGGUAAUCGAUUUUUCUAUGUAUUUAAAGAAUGAAGAGGAUAUUGGAAAUAAAGAAAGGAAUAUUCAAAUUGCUGCCAUUUUGGAUCAGAAGAAUUAUGUUGAAGAAUUAAAUAGACAGCUGAACAGCACAGUCAGCAGCCUCCAUUCGAGAGUUGAUUCAUUAGAAAAGUCAAACACUAGACUGAUUGAAGAGUUAGCAAUAGCAAAGAACAAUAUCAUUAAACUCCAAGAAGAAAAUCAUCAGUUACGAAGUGAAAAUAAAUUGAUUUUAAUGAAAACACAACAACAUUUAGAGGUUACCAAAGUAGACGUGGAGACUGAGCUUCAGACGUACAAACAGUCUCGUCAGGGACUGGACGAGAUGUACAACGAAGCCCGCAGACAGCUCCGAGAAGAAUCCCAGUUACGACAAGAUGUGGAGAAUGAGCUUAUGGUGCAAGUUAGCAUGAAACACGAAAUUGAGCUUGCCAUGAAGUUGCUGGAGAAAGACAUCCAUGAGAAACAAGAUACUCUUAUAGGCCUUCGACAACAACUGGAGGAUGUUAAAGCAAUUAACAUAGAGAUGUAUCAGAAGCUGCAGGGUUCAGAAGAAGGCAUGAAAGAAAAGAAUGAAAUAAUUGGUCGACUGGAGGACAAAACCAAUAAAAUCACUGCUGCCAUGAAACAGCUGGAGCAAAGAUUGCAGCAAGCAGAGAAGGCUCAAAUGGAAGCCAAGAAUGAGGAUGAAAAAUUUGAACAAGAGUGUCUGAGUCAGUCUGACAGCCUGCAGAAACAGAUAUCCCAAAAGGAGACACAGCUGGCUCAGUUGGAAACUGAUUUGAAGAUCGAAAAGGAAUGGAGGCAAACUUUGCAAGAGGAUCUUCAAAAGGAGAACGAUGCUCUGUCUCAUCUGAGAAAUGAGACACAACAAAUCAUUAGUCUUAAAAAAGAAUUUCUGAGUCUCCAGAAUGAAAACCAACAGUUGAAAAAAAUAUAUCAGGACCAGGAACAAGCCCUUCAAGAACUUGGCAGCAAGCUUAGCGAAUCGAAACUUAAAAUAGAAGAUAUAAAAGAAGCCAACAAGGCGUUACAGGGUCAGGUUUGGUUGAAAGAUGAAGAAGCCACACACUGUAAAUUAUGUGAAACAGAAUUCUCACUUUCUAAAAGAAGGCACCAUUGUAGAAAUUGUGGGGAAAUUUUUUGUAAUGCCUGCUCUGACAACGAGCUACCUUUGCCUUCAUCACCGAAGCCUGUUCGAGUCUGUGAUUCCUGUCAUGCCCUGCUGAUUCAGAGAUGCUCAUCGAAUGUGCCGUAAGACUGGUGAAGUACAUCCUGACAGGGGCGGCUAAGAGUGUGCAUAUUGGACGUACAGCCGUUUAAGCCGUCCUCACCAUAGUUUCAGAAGCUUCUGGCUCUUCCUUGAUAUGUAGACAUGCUCACAGACCAAAAGUUGUUAUACCCUGUUAACUCAAGCACUACAGAAAUUCUGAUGUAGAUUUAACAGUUUCCUUUUUAUUUUCUAAUGCUUUUAAUUUCUAAAUGAAAUGCCUUCGUAAAAUACCUUUUAACUGUUCUUGCAAACAUCACAUUUCUUUUAAUGUUAAUUUAAGUACUGGUGAAAAUAACUAGAUGUAAUUCAUCAAGAGCUGAUAGGGUAACAAGUUUAAUAACCAAGAAAAUGGAGGUCUUUUAAAGGCCACAUAGAUAUACAUGAUAACAAGAUUUUUGCCUUAUCUCAGACCUUUCCAAAAUUCUGGGCUUGUUAUAUUCUGCCUAACUGAUUCAAGAGUUGCCAUUUUUUGAUGGUGCCUGCAGUUUUUUUAAAUGCACUUUAUAAGCUUCAUAGUUCUCAAAAAAAUACUGUGCAUAAGAAAAAAUCAAUUUUACAAGGUUUCUAUUUUACAGACCAGUUAUACCAAGACCUGGUAUAUAUUUAUGGUUAUAAUAGCAUAUUAGGGUAAUUACUUAUCAUGUUUACUUGCCUGCCAACUUCUCAUUCCUCCAAAACAUAGUUUCAAGUGUUCUUCUUUUACCUACCUUUUAAUAAGGUAGGUACUGCUACUGCCAACAGGAGCUUUUUUGUCCAAGGGGAAGGGGACUGUUGCACUAGACUUGUUGGAAGUUAACACCCAGCUUCACUUUUUUUUUUAACCAACCUCCGUCCCUCCCUAGGACUUGGGGGCAGGUCUUUCCCAGCCCAAACUGUCAGGUUUGGUGCAGACCUUUCUAUCUUUGACUUGCCAGUCACCCCUGCUUUUUUAUACGAGUGUAAGAAAGUUCCAGUUCUGUUUGUCAUUAUGAAAAGGGGGCGAUGUUAGGGGAAUCCCCGAUGGCUGUGAAACUCGGUUGUUGCUUCUAUAUCCAAUGUGAGGAUGGCCCAGAUUGACAUGGAACCAAAACUCAUAGAAGGUUCUCCUGAGCGCCAUUUCUCUUCUCCCCUGUUUGGGUGUGCCAGUAUUGAGGUAAACCUAAAAAUGUGUUAGCAGUAUUGCGUUAAAUACACUUUAGGUAUUUUUAAUACCAAUACUACUGGAAUCAUUGAGUAUGAAGCAAACUGUUUAUCAUGAAGCUUAUGCUUGAACCAUUUCAGGUCAAAAUACUUUAAAUUGUUAAUUGAGUAUAUAUACGAACCCACUUGUACUUUAAGCAUGAGCCAGUCAGAGUAGAAUUGUUUAAAUUGCUGCCUUUAAGGGAGAAUGAAUCAGUAUUUCUAAGGAUGGUUUUAAAUUAUCCUGACUAAUAAAAUCAUGUAAGAAACAGGAGUUUCCUAAUUGAACCAUCUUUCUCUUAAAGAACUCUAUAGCCAAACUUCGUUUCACAUUCCAGACUGUUACUCUCAUGCAGCUGAGUUCAACAGAGCUGACCUAGUACUCUGAAAGGUGUGCAGAGCACUUUACAUUUCCACUUGCUAUGACUUUACUAUGGAUCACAGACGAAUUCACUUUUGACGUUAUUGGGAACACGACUGAGAAAUCAAUAGUGUGAACCCAAAAGACCAAUUCCGUUUGGAAGUCCUGCAGUAGACAAAAGGGUUUUCUACUUUUCUUUACCUAAAAUGGUAGCUGGGGAGCUACUCAAUUACUAUGAAAAAAGGCCCACUUCUAGUUCAAUCCCAAAGGAUUAUUUUUAAUGAAGCUGUUUGUGCUUUGAAGAGUUCAGUAACAUCUCAAAAUGUUACUCAUACACAGUAAGUCGAGUCAUGAUCGGCAAGUGAACUUUGAAUUGUCUUGUUACAGUUAUCACAUUGUGACAUUCUGUAAUUUGCCAAACUUUGACAGGAUUUUUGGUACCUUCCGGUAGAACUGCCACAGUAUUCAUCUAUUCAUAUUUACAUGCUAAGGUUCAUAAAUCAGGCAAUUCUUAGCUCUUCAUUACUGCAUGUAUCAUUCUGACCUUACACAUUUUGGUUUUAUAUACAUUUGUAUUGUGCUUUAAAAAUAUUCUCCCUUGAUGUGAAAUGAACAUAAGAUUAUAUAUUUUAGGUAAAUUGCUUGGUCUUCCCUCACUAGAUAAAUCAUUGCUGUGGCACACACCACAGAUGUCACACUAAUGCUGUCACAAAGAAUCUAUCUACAGUUGUUCUAACUUUGUAGUGCUUUUUUAAUGUGACUUUUUUUGGUAAAUGUAAAUAAAGAUAAUACAAAUA